UAUUUUUGAUUGAUCAUUCAACGACUUUCGUCUUAUCACAUUUAUAAUUUUUUUUCAAACAACUGUAAUUCCAAAAAUAAAAGAUUGAAAUUUUAAAAAGAAAUGUCCAAUUUAAAUUCCAAUAUGAAAACUCGAUUCGUUGCAUCAUUUAUGCAAUUUCUUUCGGAAGAAUUGAACAAUGAUGAAUUAUCGGCCGAUUCGAAAGAAAGCAUUGAAGUUGCCAUUCAAUGUUUGGAGACGGCUUAUAGUAUUAAUCCAGUGGAUGGAACAUUGCAUUCGAAAAAGCCAAUGAUGGAAAUAUUUUCCGAUUAUAUGAAAUGUGAAAAACAGGAUUCCCAAAAAGUUGUAUCUGAAGAAGAUAAAACAAAAGCAAAUGAAUUGAAAAAUGAAGGUAAUGAAUUAAUGAAAAGUGGUAAAUAUCAAGAAGCUUUGGAAACCUAUACCAAAGCCAUUGAGUUGGAUGAUGCGAAUCCAAUCUAUUAUUGUAAUCGUGCCGCCGCUCAUAGUAAAUUGGAAAAUCAUGUGGCUGCAAUAGAAGAUUGUAAAGUGGCUAUUCGAAAAGAUCCAAAUUAUAGUAAAGCUUAUUGUCGAAUGGGUUUGGCCUAUGUCAAUUUAAAAGAUCAUCAACGUGCCAGAGAUUGUUAUAAAAAAGCUGUUGAAUUAGAUCCAAGUGAAAGUAACAAAAAUAAUCUUCGUUUGGCUGAGGAAAAACUUCAAGAGGAACAGGCUCAAUUCUCUAAUAUGGGAUUCGGUAAUCUUUUCAACAAUCCGCAAUUGAUGAAUUUUGCCUCUCAAAUUAUGUCCAAUCCAAAUAUGCAGAAUAUGUUUUCACAGAUGUUGGGUUCGAUGGGUGGUAUGGGACAACAGCCAAGUGAUCAAACUAGUGAUCAAACUGCUGCUGAUGGAACUGCUUCGUCUAAUCCAAUGGAAUCAUUUUUGCAAGUUGGUCAACAAUUUGCCGAUCAAAUUCGUCAAGCUAAUCCUGAAUUAAUGGAACAACUUCGAAGCGCAAUGGAAGCUAAAAAAGAUAAAGAAGAUGAAAAUCCUGAUAAACAGGAAAAUUAAAAUUACUGGUCUUUGAUUGAUUGAGAAAAUAUCAUUUUUUUAAUUCAUAAAUUAAAGUUCAAAAUUUAUUUCUUUUCCAACAACAA